AUGGAUAAUAUCAACAGUCUCGUCGAAUCCAAUCGUAAAUCGCCUUCGCCUAAACAAGACGAUGGGAAUGAUGAAUCUCUCCCUAUGCCCAUGACCCAUUCUGCAAUUGGUGAACCCUUAGAUAAUAUUAUGUUCUUAGCAAGACUUCUUGGUUUGGGAAAGAAUCAACCAUUAGAUGACUCUAAACUUCAAUUGGAAAGACUUGUGCAGGUUUUGGUAAAUCUUCCGCCCAACAGUAGUCUCUUGCUGGAACUAGAGAAGCUACUUAUUUCACUUUUAUGGUCUGACAUAAACAAACCACCAACCAUGCUAGCAAACGAUUUUUAUCGUUCAGCGGAUGGUUCAAACUAUUCACGCUUGUAUCCCUGGAUAGGAAAGUCAUGCUCGCAUUAUGCAAGAUCCGUUCGUAUCGAAAAACCAUUAUCGUUGAAUUUACCUGAUCCGGGCUCACUUUUUGAUACGCUGAUGGUCCGAAAAAAGUUCAAGCCACAUCCUUCCUGCAUCAGUUCAAUGUUAUUUAAUCUUGCGAUUAUUAUUACCCACGAUUUGUUUGAUUCUUCCAAGGGAGAUCCAUCUAUCAAUAAAGUGUCAUCCUAUUUGGAUCUAACUCCACUUUACGGUCCAAAUCAGAAAGAACAAAUGAGCAUCAGACAGGGACGCUUUGGCCUUUUAAAACCAGACACUUUUGCUGACAAAAGAAUUAUUUUGCAACCUCCCGGCGUGUGCAGUUUUCUAAUCCUCUUUUCACGUAAUCACAACUUUAUCGCUAAACGCCUCUUACAAAUUAAUGAACGUGACAGAUUCAGUGUUCAUGAUCCUAAUAACGAAGAGGAACUUAAAGUGCAAGACGAAAAUUUGUUCCAGACGGCAAGGUUAAUCAACUGUGGUUUUUAUCUCCAGCUCAUCAUUCAUGACUACCUGCAUUAUAUUCUUGGCCUUGAUAGAACAGACAGUACUUGGUCUCUCAAUCCCGCUCAAAACUUUCCUAAAAGCACCAUGGGAAGUUCGAUCCCAACUGGCAUUGGCAAUCAGAUAUCACUUGAAUUCAAUUAUAUCUACAGGUGGCACUCUUUGGUCUCCGAAGAAAAUACGAAAUGGGUAGAAGAAAGUUUUACGCAAAUAUUUGGCGAUGAUUAUUCUAAGCCGGGAAAAGAGUUACCACCUUCAAUGUUUUAUAAAAAAUUGAAAGAAUGGCGAGAUUCGUUGCCGGCCGAACCAGAAAAACGGACCUUUGGUGGUUUGAAACGUAUUGCGGAGGGGAAGCUUAAAGGUACAUUCCGCGACACAGACUUAGCUAGGGAAUUGGUUAGUAGUGUGGAUCAAGUGACAGGUGCAUUUGGAGCCAAUGGAGUUCCGUAUAUAUUCCGUGUGAUUGAAGUUAUUGGAAUUGCCUCGUCGCGUCAAAUGGGUAUAUGCAGCCUAAAUGAAAUGCGCAGUUUUCUCAAUCUCGAACCGUAUAAAUCUUUUGAAGAGAUGAAUCCCAACAAAGAAGUUGCAAACUUACUUCGCCUGCAUUAUGGUCAUAUCGACAACGUGGAGUUAUAUCCAGGCGUCAACGUUGAAAAAACAAAACCAGCGAUGGUGGGAUCUGGUAUAGCUCUCAACUUUACCAUCAGCCGUGCAAUUCUUUCGGAUGCCGUGAACCUUGUCCGUAACGAUCGUUUCUACACUGAUGAUUAUAACACACAUAACUUGACUAACUGGGGUUAUGAGGAAUUGAAACCGGAUCCAAGCAUCGCUGAAGGAAGUAUCAUGCACAAAAUCAUUUUGCGUAACAUUCAGGGAUGUUACAAGUCGAAUUCCAUCUACGCAAUGUUUCCAUUCCUCACUCCGUCAAAGACAAAAGCUAAUCUUCAAAGACGUGGAGAGCUUGAUCAAUUCGACUUUAGCACUCCAGCCAUUCACGAGGAUCAAAAACAAAAGUUCCACCGUGUACUCAGUCACUCCGGCUGCCGUGAUGUGCUCUCCAAGAAGGAUGCCUUUAACGUGACUUACAGAAAAGACAUGGAGCUGGUAAUGGGAGGUGUCGGAUUUUUCCUUGGUCGUGAUGAUACCUCUGUUCAUGAUCAGGAUCGAUCUCAUAUGGAAAAGGCUUUUUACUCCAAUGAUCGCAGCAAGUUCAUCGCAGAUUUCAAGCAAUUUUUCAUUAAGACUACACAAAAUCUAAUUGAGAAAAAGAAGAAAACAUUUGAUGGCAAAACAUAUCAAAUUAAUGUUGUUCGCGAUGUAUGCAAUCUUGUGCCUGUCUAUUUUGCUCGAGAAUACUUUGGCAUUCCCGUGAAAACUCAAGAUUCUCCUUGCGGUGUCUACUCGGAACAAGAUGCCUACGAUCAAUUCACCAUAAUCUUCAUGUUCCUUUUUGUUAACCUAGAUCCUGCAAAUAGUUAUAAACUCUCUCGAGAUGCAAAACAAGUCUUCUGUCAAAUGCAUAAAGUCAUGCAAGAGAUUCUUGAAUCAUCCGUCAAUGAGGACGCCGAAGAUUCCGAGUGUAAGCCAUCUCCUCAAGCAAAAAAAUUGAUGCAAAUUUUAAUGGAUCAAUAUAAAAAAAAUGCUGACCUGGCCACUUGGAAUCUCCUGGGUACAAUUUCGGGUGGUGUGACACCCAUGGCUCAAGCUGCGUCUCAGAUUGUAGAUUUUUAUCUGCGACCAGAAAACAAGUCUCAUUUGGAAGAAAUUCGAAGAUUAGCUGAUAAGAACGACAAAGAAUCAGAAAACCUGAUACUUGGAUAUAUUCUUGAAGCAUUGCGCUUCUAUCCUGUUGUGCCUUCUCUUCUUCGUCGUGCAUCUGUAUCUUCCAGUAUUGACGAUAAGACUAAUGGCACUGUGAAUGUCGAGAAAGGCGAUACUGUUGUACUCUCUUUAGCAUCUGCUCAUAUGGAUUCUUCGGUCUUCCCUAAUCCUGAUAAGAUUGAUCCCAAACGUCCAGUUGAUUUAUAUCUGACGUUCGGAUACGGUUUCCAUGAAUGUUUUGGAAAGCCAGUCAACUUUGUCGCAAUACCGGCCAUUGUAAAGACUAUUCUGAAACUCAAAAACCUUCAACGCGUUCCUGGUCGAGCUGGUCAGCUUAAUCGAAUAGAUGAUGGUGGUUUAACCCUUUAUGUAAAUUCUAAUGGUACCAUUUUCCCGUUCCCAACUGAUUUAGAGCUUCAAUUUGCUAAAUGA